CAAUUUACUUACUUAUUACUAACUAAUACUUUAAAAGCUUUAUAAAAUGGUUUGUGUGGUUGAAGAUGAAUUUGGUACCGUACAAGAUCCUUUAACUGGUAAAGCCUUGAAAGUACGACGUUUCACGAUGACAAACUGCCAUCAGUUAUCUGUUGCCGUCAUUACCAGAGGGGCUACUGUUACAAGUAUAAAGUUUCCUGAUAAACGAGGUCAAAUUGAUGACGUAUGUUUGGGUUUUGAUGAUGUACAAGGCUACGUGAGUAAUCGGAAAUCAUACAUGGGUGCUAUACUCGGUCGAGUAGCAAAUCGUAUUAGCAAUGGAAAGUUUGAAAUGGCUUGUAGUGAAGUCUGCGUUUCAAAAAACCUCUCUAAUAAACAUCAAUUGCAUGGCGGUUUUGUUGGUCUGGAUAGCGUAGUCUGGGAAGUAUGUAAAGUACGUUCGAAUGGUUUAGAUUUAACACAUUGCAACCCAAGUGGUCACGAAGGUUAUCCUGGCGAAUUAACAGUUAUUGUUAGUUUCACUUUAGAUGAUUGUAAUAGCUUUCGGAUUUGCAUAGAAGCUGAAAGUACCGAUUGCACCCCAGUUAACAUAAGCAACAAUAUACAUUUUAAUUUAGCAGGCCAUGCUGCCGGCAAAGAAUCGUUAUAUGAACAUUCUGUACUUAUUAAAGCCGACAAAGUAGUGGAUACCGACAAUGAUCAAAUACCGACUGGUAUGUUGAUGCCAGUGAAAAACACUCCAUAUGAUGUAAGGAAGUUUACCAAUUUGGGUAAAACUAUUAAGAAGUUUAGGAAUUGUCCCAUCACUGGCUUUGACAAAAACUUCUGCGUUGACGUAAGGCCAGGUAAUCCCGAAACUAUAGCCAAAAUUGUGCAUCCUUAUUCUGGUCGUUGGUUAGAAGUGAUAACAAAUCAACCGACUGUUGUAUUUUAUACUGCUAACAAUCUGCCCAAUAUGGACGCAACGGAAUACCCGGUUAUUGGGAAAGAUGGUGCUAUCUAUGAGAAGCACGGGGCUUUUUCCUUUCAAACUCAACAGUAUCCGGAUGCGAUGAACCAUAAAACAUUCCCGGAUGUUAUACUAAAGCCAUGUGAUAAAUAUUACCAUGAAGUCAUCUUUAAAUUUGGUGCCUGUAAAAAUUGUUUAAAGAAAUAA